AUGGGUAGCCUCAAACAUUUCAUCCAUGCAUUUCUUGGUGGUUUUGCUCUUAUACAUCUAGUUGAUGCGCAGGAUCAAUCAGGCUUCAUUAGCAUAGCUUGCGGAUCACCAGCAAAUUCUAACUAUUCCGAGCCGACAACAGGCAUAAAUUACAUUUCGGAUGUAGCAUUCAGAGACACUGGUAUAAGUCAGCAGAUAUCAAAUGUAUAUAAAGGUGGCUUUCAACAACAAGUAUGGAAUCUCAGAAGCUUUCCUCAAGGAAUCCGAAACUGUUACAACAUAGGCAUUACGCAAGGCACUAAGUAUCUGAUCCGAGGAACUUUCCUCUAUGGGAAUUAUGAUGGACAAAGUAAGUUACCACAAUUCGAUAUUCAUCUGGGAGUGAAUAUGUGGGAUACGGUCAACAUAACGAAUGUAACCAUUCCUGUCUUUAAGGAGCUCAUACAUGUCCCAUCUCAAACUAAUUUACAAGUCUGUCUUGUAAACACGGGCCUCGGGAUGCCAUUUAUAUCAGCAAUAGAGUUACGGCCGUUGAGCAAUAAGACCUAUGUAACAAAUUAUGGAUCAUUGGCACUCUUCGUUCGCUUGGAUGUUGGCUCCAUAAGCAGAAUAUCAUACAGGUAUCCAUUCGACAUUUAUGAUCGCAUUUGGGACCCCUAUAACGACAAUACGUACACAAUUUUAAGUACCUCGCAAACUAUUGACACCCCAAGUAACAAUUAUUACCAACCACCAUCUAUUGUUAUGAGUACUGCCUCCACUCCAAUUAAUGUUAGCGCUCCUUUGGAGUUGUUUUGGUAUACGGAGAAUGCUACAUAUUCCGAAUACUAUAUCUACAUGCACUUUGCUGAAGUAGUAAACCUCACAGCUACUCAGUUCAGAUCAUUCAACAUUACUCUAAACGGGAAAUAUUGGUAUGGACCUAUUGCUCCAAAAUACUUGUCCACAAUCACGUUGUUCAGCCCAUCGAUCUUGCCAAAUGCCCAGAAAUAUGAUUUUUCAUUCUUCAAAGCAGAAGGUUCAACACUGCCACCCAUCAUCAAUGCACUUGAGAUAUAUUCAGUGAGAGAUCUCUCACAAUCUGGAACAUAUCAAAAAGAUGUUGAUGCUAUCACAAAUAUCAAGUCAGCAUAUGGAGUACAGAAAAAUUGGGAAGGAGAUCCGUGUCUCCCACAAGCAUACUCAUGGGCAGGUUUAAAUUGUAGCUAUGAUAGUGUUAACCCACCAAGAAUAACAUCCUUGAACUUGUCCUCUAGUGGAUUGACUGGAGUGAUAUCUGUUUAUAUAUCAAAUCUCACAAUGUUACAAAUUUUGGAUCUAUCAAACAAUAACCUUACUGGAUCCGUGCCUGAUUUUCUUUCUCAAUUGCAAUACUUGAGGGUCUUAAACUUGGAAAAAAAUCAGCUCACUGGUACUAUUCCAGCUAACCUCAUUGAAAGAUCGAAGAAUGGUUCACUAUUGCUAAGUGUGGACGAAAAUUUAAAUGUUUGUGGAUCUGGAUCAUGCAAAAAGAAGAACAAUAUUGCUGUUCCAAUUGGGGCAUCAGUUGGUGUAUUGCUCAUCCUCGCAUUGAUUGUUGCGUCUGUCUUGUGGAGGCUUAAGAGAAAACAAAAAGAUGAGAGUAGAGGACUGGAAAUAGCGAAAACAGAACCCAACAUCCAGACCAUGUCGUUCCGGUCUUUAGAGUCACUACAACGCCAAUUUACAUAUGCUGAUCUUAUAAGAAUUACCAACAACUUUGAAAGGGUUCUUGGUAAGGGUGGAUUUGGAAAAGUUUACCAUGGCUACAUUGAUGACACUGAAGUAGCAGUGAAAGUGCUUUCUCUGUCAUCAGUUCAAGGGUAUCAACAAUUUCAAGCUGAGGUGAAACUUCUUAUGAGAGUUCAUCAUAGAAACCUGACGACCCUUGUCGGCUAUUGCUAUGAAGGACCAAACAUGGGCCUUGUUUAUGAGUAUAUGGCCAACGGAGACUUAGAUGCACAUCUUUCAGGUAAGAAUACUAAUAUCUUGAGUUGGGAAGCAAGGCUUAAUAUUGCAACGGACGCAGCACAAGGAUUGGAGUAUUUGCACUAUGGAUGUAAACCACCUAUAAUCCAUAGAGAUGUGAAGACUACAAACAUCUUAUUGAAUGAAAAUUUUCAUGCCAAAAUAGCUGAUUUUGGUCUUUCCAAAAUGUUCCCAACUGAUGGCAUCACUCAUGUCUCAACAUUUAGUGUUGGUGGCACCCCUGGGUACCUCGACCCUGAGUUCUCCAUUUCAUAUAGGUUGACUGAGAAAAGUGAUGUUUAUAGUUUUGGAGUUGUUCUUUUGGAGAUAAUUACAAGUCGACCUGUGAUAGAAAGAUCCGAUGAAAACAUUCACAUAAGCCAAUGGGUGAGAAUCAUGCUUGAUAAAGGGGAUAUUCAAAAUAUAGUUGAUCCAAGGAUGUAUGGAGAUUUCAACGUUAACUCUGCUUGGAAAGCUAUUGAAAUAGCAAUGGCUUGUGUGUCUUCUACCUCCACCGAAAGGCCAUCCAUGAGUGAGGUGGUGAUGAAACUAAAGGAGUGUUUGAAAUCUGAAUUAGCUCAAAGGGCAGGCGAAUCAAAUUAUUUAGUUGAAAUGGUCAAUAUGAAUAUGAUUACGGAACUCAUUCCUUUAGCAAGGUAA